GAGCAGACUAGAACACUCUACACAGCAGUUCACACGGCAUUAUUUCCGGAACUUGUGCAAUGUGUAUCGCUUAAAAAAAAUGCACUUUCAAAGAAAUUGUUUUCCUUAGAGCUGCUACAUGUUGAGUGCCGACCAUAGAAACCAAGGCACAUGCACAUUUGAAGAAGGUGGGCGAACUUUAAAUGGCAGAUAAUACAGAAAAAGCGGGCAUUGGUCCCAAGGGAGACGCUGACCAAGCACCCAGCUGUGCGAGCGUGACCACGGAAGAGCGGGCGGCAGACGGGGCCGAGUACAUGUAUGUGGGAGAUGCCGGUGAUGAGGACUUCGAUGGGGGCGACGCCGCCUUGAAUUGGCUGGACAUCCCCGAGGGAUCCAAGUUCGAAUUUCUGGACCACACUGCAGAUGUACAAUUACAUUCAUGGGGAGACACUUUGAAGGAAUCAUUUGAGCAGGUGGCAAUCGCCAUGUUUGCUUACAUGACUGAAAUUAGCAAGGUGGAAAAACUCCAGAAGGUCACGGUUGAAGCUGAAGGAGAUGACCUUCUUUCGUUGCUGUUUCACUAUCUAGAUGAAUUCUUGUUUGUCUUUUCAGCAGAUCCAUUCUUUAUUCCCAGGGAAGUAACAAUUGAGGAAUUUGACCUAGUCAACUUCAAGAUAAAGGCAAUUGGACAUGGGGAAACAUUUGACCUGACAAAGCACCCACAGGGGACCGAAGUCAAAGCAAUCACCUACUCCAACAUGCAAGUCCACAAAGAUAAAGACACACACGACAUCUAUGUGAUCAUCGACAUCUGAAUGGCUAAGACCAAUUUGUAGAAAAUGCGCCGUUAGCAUGUGCUCAGUACGUUCAUCAUGCAGAAGAGUAGAGUAAAACUGUUCAUCACUCCUGGCAGAAUGCACUUGAAGACGGUUGACAUGAGAUGACCUUUAGGGAGUUGCGAAUAGAAAUGGAGGAGGAAACAGUUUUGUUAUAGUACGUCUUGGGAUGCUGUGAUUUCAUUGGUCAAGAACAGUCACAUUUCCAAGUCAAGCUCUCUCCAAAACACUGCAACUUCUGUCUGGGAAAGAAACACUUUCGCAGUAAUUAAAGGUUACACAGCAGUGUAUGGUGGCAAAUUAAAUUUCUUAGUCACAACUUUAAUACUUCCAAGACCAAUGUAACUGUUAUACGUGUCUCCCCCUUUUGAGGGCCAGUCCACUUUGUGCAUUUCUUUAAAGUAAAAUACAAUAUUUGAUAUUCAGUAAUACUGCCCCAGAAUUUUUUUAAAUGGUUUUGUAUAUGUAUGUGUUUACAAUUCAGAUGUUUCUUUUAAAAGCUUCUUAUUCAUUUCUAAUUGCCAACCAGCAGUAUAUGUACAUCCUUUGUUAGAAGCCAAACAAAAACAAUUUUUAAAGGUACUUCUUGUCUUGUCUUAAAGGUCGUCUUUUCAGCUACAAAUUGAGAAACAUGAAAUAAUCAGACAGCAAUGCCGAUGAAAAAUUCAAA